AACUCCCAAAACCACCACGUCAUCACGAAAGCGACGGGACACGAUGUCAUCCCUCACCUGCGGAACCAAAUUGCGAUCACAGAACCUGGAGAUUCCGAAUAUACUCACUCGCAUCGGAACUACUUGACGGUGAUUAUAAACCCGAACUUUCGACAAAUCCAACGACGCCGGUUCUCACAGGAAGUGUGGCAAGGAUCUUAUGUUCCCUGCUCUUAUUGAGCGUUCUGUGACGGCUAAUUUUGAUGAUAGAGGAGUUUGAGUGGACUGGAUCUCUCUUGCGGUUUGGUUUAUUUGCUCCCCAAAUCUCCUGCUCCAAUUCAGACUGUUUUUGGGUUUCAUAAGCUUUGUUAGAGAAAGGGGUAAAGAAGUUGAAUCUCUUUUUGCUUGCGGAUUUGUGGAUUUAAAGAGCAUUCUGACACACCAUUGGAGAAAAACUAAGUUUUUUUUCGGGUGGUCAAAGUCUGGAAUUUGAUGGCAGCAUAAUUUCUGCAAAGUUUCCGCCGUACAUACUAUUUAGGCUCCAAAAGAUAACAUUUUCUUGUUUGAUUUAAGGGAGACUGGACAGAGCAGCGGGAUCUCAUGACAUCUGAUGUUUUGUUUCUUAUUUAACGGUGUGCAAUUGUGGUGAAUUUUUCUGGAUACAGUUUUGGUAAACUUAGUACUAAAUUCUGUUGGCUUGCCAGACACGGGUUUGAGACAUUUUUUAUUAAAUAUUUUUUCGGAGAGAGGGAAUUGGUUUUAGCCGGUUGUGAUGAUCUUUUGGGAGCUCAGGGAUUAAUGUGAAGGAAAAACAAUGUAUGCGGUUGGGAGGCUGAGCAAUUACAUUUCACAGGGCGUUUACACUGUUGCCGCCCCCUUCCAUCCUUUUGGGGGUGCUGUGGACAUAAUUGUUGUGCAGCAGGAGGAUGGAACAUUCAAAUGCUCGCCUUGGUAUGUUAAGUUUGGUAAAUUUCAAGGGGUUCUGAAGCGCCGUGAGAAGAUUGUGUCUGUGGCAGUCAAUGGGGAACAAGCUGAUUUCCACAUGUAUUUGGAUAAUAAGGGGGAAGCAUUUUUCUGGAAAGAGGUGGAGUCUGAUGAAGAAGAAAAUUCCAUCUUUUCUCCUCCCAGUGCUCAAUCUUCUAGCGAUGAAGUGGCUAUGGACCAGCAGUCCAGUGGAAGAAGAGUCAGCUUUAAGGAGGAUGAUUCAAAGGAUGAAGAAAAACCUUCAGGUGAUGUCUUGACAAAUUCUCCUCCUUCAGAUAGUAUUAUGGUAUGUGAAAGCAAGGAAGAAACUUUGAGUUCAUUUUACAAUCAGACCCCUGAUUCAGAUGGAAAACAGAUAGAAAGUGAGCCACCGGAUAGCAAUGUCUCAAAAUCCACUUCUUCGAUUGCAAAGAAUGGUGUGAAAAACAGUGCAGUUCUUUCAAAGUCACCUUCUAGGAGGAAAUCAAUAUUCAACUUUGUCUUCAGAAGGUCUAAGAGGUUAUCUGAAUCACAAAUUAUGUCAGAUACUGAUCAAAGUGACGGGCAGUAUGAGGGAACAGAUAUUAUCAGAAGAAGUUCACUAGAGCGGGCAGAGAUAGUAGCCAACCUUUUGGAUUCCAAAUGGGCCACAGGUGAUAAACCCAACAAGGAAGAGACUACGGGUGAAAAAUCAAUGGAAAUGAAUCUCUUUUCUACUUCAUCUGGUGAUAGUCCUGACAAGAAAGGGACUAUGAGCAAUAAAUUAAUGGAAAUGGAUUCCUUUUCUGCCUUAUCUGGUGAUAGUACAAUCAAGGAAGGGACUUUGGGUGAGAGAUCGAUUAGAGUGAAUCUCUUUUCUGCUUCAUCUGAUGAUUGUGCUGACAAGGAAGAGACUCUGGAUGAGAAAUCGGUGGCUAUUAAUUCUAUCUCUAAUUCAUCUGCUAAUGAUGCACAGCCUCUUGAGCAAACCAUGGAAAAGACGAAUUCAGGUGUUGCCCGUUCAUCUGGUAGCACUACAAACAAUGAAGAGACUGUGGGUGUGAAAUCAAUGGAAAUUAAUUCAUUUUCUAAUUGGCCUGGUUAUAGUGUUGACAAGGAAGAGAUUUUGGAUGAGAGACCAGUGGGAAUGAAUCCUAUCUAUAGUUCUUCUGCUGAUGAUGCACAGCCUCUUGAGCAAACCAAGGAAAUGACUAUUUCCAAUGAUUCUUGUUCAUCCUUUUCUUCUACUAAGGAUUCCGGGGACAGUAUUACAAAGUACAAUGAUUCAAGGAAUCCAGGUGAAUCAACAUGGGAGGAUUCUUCACAAGUAAUAUGCAACCGUGAUAUUGGACUGACAGCUGAGAAUGAUGCAUGUGGUAAUGGAAUGCUAGAACAUUCUAUUCAGCAUGAUGAUUCAGAGACAUAUCAUUUCUCUUCAGAGACUGAUAUAUUCUCAAUGGAAGGAACCUUAAGUGAGUUUAAUAAACUUGGGCAACAAACUUCUGGAAUUGAUGUUGCUCAGCUUUACCAGAACUCUGAUUUAGAUAUCCCUAAUCCAGUAAACCCAUCCAAUGUCAUUGCAGAUGUGGAAAGCUGUUUGGGCACAUUUGGUGAGUUCAGUGAACAAACUUUUGCAAAGGAUGUUGUUUCCCAGAGUGGGAAUUCUUCAUGUGAUCAAGAACAGUUUAGUUCUCCACAACUAAAGACUCUUAAUUCAGUAGAAUUAAGCAGCAGUAGCAUAGAUGUGGUCUUAACAUGCAUAAAGGACAGUCAGGAUGCAAUAACAGUACAUAUUUCUACACUGGACCUGGCCUCUGAGGUUUCCCAUUCAAGCUGCCACAUACAAGAUGUUUCUCCUAAUCUAGAAUCGAAUGUAAAAUCUGAGAUAAUUAUUAACACGCAGCAGGUGGUGGAUGACACACAUGUGGAGUCUACUGAAUACGGUUCUGAUAAGCAAGAACAGAUGGAACACAAAGAACACCAAGAGGAAGAUAUGCAACAAGUCAUCACUCUAGUCAAGCCAGACAAUCCGUCUAGUGACUGUAACACAUCCAUGUCAUUGUCAGAUAUUCAGCCUGGGAGUUGUUAUUUAAGUGGAAGUCUAUUGGAGUCAGCAGAUGGUUCAGACUCAUAUGCAGAAACAGGUAAGGUAACAAUGAGUUUACAACAGGUACCAGAUGCUGUAAUUGAACCUACCAUAGGCAGGGGAGAUGAUGAAGGAGAACAAAACAAUUGCAGGAUAAAAUCAGAGAAUCUAGCUGUCAUUUGUGGUAUCCCUCAAAAGGAGUUAGAUAUAUCUCUUUGUGAUUGUGAUGCUGCCAGAGAAAAUGGAACGCAUGAUCAGAAAAUGGUACCUGACAAAGCAUCUAGUGUACUUAGCUGUCAAUUAUAUCUGGUUGGUGAUCCAGAUACAUGUACAGAAACUAAUGAUGAGGGACAACAGACUUUACAACAGAUCCUAGAUAUUGCAGUUAAACCCGUGAUGGAGGGUAGAAAUGAUGAAACAGAAAAAAAUGUGAGCAGUGCAAAAACAGAUGAGGAAGCCACCAUUCCUGUUAUGCCUCCUUCAAAAGAGUUGGUUGGAUCUUUUUGUGAUUUUGACACCCCCAGAGAAAACAGAGCUGAUGAGAAUUUGGUAUCUGAAGAAGCCUUCAGCUGCACAAAUCCACAGGAAGAUGUGGAUGUUGCUUUGACUUGUAAUAAUAUAAGUGAUGAUAAGUUAGAUGAUACAUCGAGACUAGAAUUUCGGAUGCAAUAUGACUUGAGUGCUUCUCUUAGUGUUUCCGAGCAUUAUGAAGUACACAACUUAGAUUUGGUUUUUAGCAACAACAAUUUAGUAAAAGCUGACAAGUGCUGUGUGCAAAGCAAGGAAACCUAUUCAAAUCAAAUGGUAAGGAGUGAGAGCAGGGAAGAUCUGGAAUUGACCUUUAAUGAUGAAUAUGUCUUGAAUGGCUGUUUAGCACUUUCUGAACUGAAGCCGCAGACCAAGGAAGGAACAAGAGAGCACAGCGUGCCCUUUCUGACAGGACAAGUAGAGAAAAUGCACAAACAGACUGGAAAUGACUAUCAAAGUGAAGAACUAGUUCUUUCUGUUCAGCUGCAUGAUGAGCAUCACACAAUUCCCAGUUUGAAUGCGAAUGGAAUGGAUGUUACAGAUGACUGCAACUUGGAACAUUCAAAUGGCAAUGUAUCUCAGGUAUCGAGGGCUGAAGCUAUCCCUAUUAAUAUACCUGGGCUGCACAUGGAAGGCAGAGGAGAUGCUAUACAAGAGUCAGGCUCCUUACCUAAUUUGAAAAACCAUUUCUUGGAUAUAGAAAAGGUAGAUACUGAUCGUGUAUAUAGUCGGUCCCUAGAUUUUAAUCCUGACUGCUUAAAACAAGAAAUAAGUUGUGAGAACCAUUUCCCUAAUUUCGAAAAUAUAGAAUCAAGAACUUUUGAGAAAGAAACAGUACAUGGCUGGGCCACAACAGAAGCUUCUACUGAAAGUUUGAAAAAUUGGAAUAUAACAGAGACUGCAACUGCAAGGGUUCAACCUAUUACUGGUGUUGAACUUUCUCUUUGUAGGCACCUACUCUUUGAAGGAAUGGGAAGCGAUGCUGCAUCUCAGGCUUUUGAUUCUUUCCGGGUGUCAGCGGAGCAGUUUCAUAAUUCAGGUCCAGCCAUUACAAAGAAUGAAAACCUUGUUGUGAAAAUUGGAGGUCAUUAUUUCCCUUGGGAUGCAGCUGCACCCAUAAUUUUAGAAAUGGUUUCUUUUGGUCUGGAAGGCCCAGUUCAAUCAAAGGGUGCUAUACAUGUUGAGCGAGUAGAAAAAGCAUUAGAAAAGUAUGCAUCUGACUCUUUUGUUUCACCUCGUGGUGGUUGGAAAAUCUUGCAUUCUCUGUUCCGGAGAAGUAAGGUUCCUCAAAGAAGCUUCUCUGCCCAGACAAUACCAAGAAAUGAUUUGCUUGGUGAGUCUCAAGUUGCUUUGCAAGAUUCCUUUGAUGGGUCAUUGAAUGACUAUUAUAGGAAAACUGGUAAAAGAAAAAUGCGGUCAAAUACUCCAACAUCAGAACAAUUGGCAUCCUUGAACCUUAAAGAAGGACAGAACAUAAUCACCUUUACAUUUUCAACAAGAGUGCUCGGCAAGCAACAGGUGGAUGCUCGAAUUUAUUUAUGGAAGUGGAAUACACGAAUAGUUGUUUCAGACGUUGAUGGCACUAUUACCAAAUCUGAUGUGCUUGGUCAGUUCAUGCCUUUGGUGGGAAAGGAUUGGACACAAUCAGGUGUAGCUCAUCUUUUCUCAGCUAUCAAGGAUAAUGGAUAUCAGUUGCUGUUCCUUAGUGCUCGUGCAAUAGCUCAGGCAUACCUCACAAGGCAGUUUCUUCUCAAUAUUAAGCAGGAUGGUAAGGCCUUACCUGAUGGUCCUAUAGUGAUCUCUCCAGAUGGACUAUUCCCAUCUUUGUAUCGAGAAGUGAUACGAAGAGCUCCUCAUGAGUUCAAGAUUGCAUGCCUUGAGGAUAUCAGAAGAUUAUUUCCACUUGACAGCAAUCCAUUUUAUGCAGGAUUUGGAAACAGAGAUACAGAUGAAAUUAGUUAUCUAAAAGUCGGAAUACCAAAAGGCAAAAUUUUUAUCAUUAACUCAAAGGGUGAGAUUGCUGUGAACCAUCGUGUAGACACAAAGUCAUACACAUCACUUCAUACACUUGUCAAUGGCAUGUUCCCAGCCAUGUCAUCAUCGGAACAGGAGGACUUCAAUUCAUGGAAUUACUGGAAAACUCCUCUCCCUGACAUUGAUGUUUAGUUAAUUGAGAAUGAUUGAAAAGGGCAAACGAAAGGCCUCUUAGAAUAACUGGAAAUUGCCUCUCCUUAGCAAUGUAUUUUUUUCGGCCAGUUUCUGCCAGCAUUUGUUUAAGGAACUCAAGAAAACUUUGCCAGCACAGCAAUUACAUGAUAUUGGGUAGGCUUUUUCCUCAAUGCAUGAGAAGCAGAGAUCACCACGUGUAAAAAUUCCUGACGACACUGGUCCUACACUGUUCCUUGUUUUUCUAUCUUAAAACACCUAACAGAAGUUGAUAGAACAGUUGGCCAUCAAGGAGCAGUGGUUAUAAGAGAAGUUCAAGUAUUGUGUACUUCAUUAUUUUGGAAAUUGUGAUCCUGUACAGCUUGACUACUUGAGUAAAGUGGUCUUCUAGAAAUGUAAGAAUGUGUGUUGCAUGCACACAUGAAACAUCUACAGCUUAUUUAUUUAGACCUAGGGGCCAUUUCAAUUUCACUCCUAAUGUGUCUCAUCCGGUUCAUUCUUUCCAAGCAACCAAUGGAUGUAUAUGUUCUCAUUCAAUUUAAUGUAAAUGGAUGCCUCCAAUUUGGUGUCUUUCAGAGAGCAUGUGUUCAUCCUGAUAUGUUCUCAUUCAAUUUAAUGUAAAUGGAUGCCUCCAAUUUGGAAUCACUUUGCCCUCUUCCUGCUUUGGAAUAAAAUAUAAUGGCAUCGUAAAUUAUUGCAUCA